UUCUCCCUCCUUUUCAAAAUUCAUUUCAGCGUUCCAUUCCAAUUCUGGUUAAUAAAAAAGAAAACGUACGUACGUUAUCUUCCUUAGCGUCAUGGAUUCGCAGGUGUUGCUUGGUGUUGCACUUUCAUCCGUGGGUGGUUUCAGCACUUCCAUCGGUGCACUUUUCGUAAUCCUUAGUAAAGCUCCAAGUUUGAAGGUGCUUGGACUGUUACAGGGUUUUGCUGCUGGUUUGAUGCUGAGUAUAUCAUUCUUUGAUCUGACUCAUAAUGCCUUGAACUCACUUGGCUUCCUGAGAGGCAACCUUUGGUUUUUUGCUGGUGUCAUAUUCUUUGCUGUUGUUGCCAAAUUUAUACCAGAACCAACAGUUGCUCCUCCAACUUCAGAUGAAAAGAAAGUUGGGAAACAAGGAAACAAAGACAUCAUGAAAAGGCGUCGCCGUCAAGUUUUAAUCAGUGGAGUUGUUACAGCCAUAGGUAUAAGUUUGCAUAAUUUUCCAGAAGGAAUGGCAGUGUACCUUGGAUCCAUGAAGGGCAUUCGUGUUGGUCUUAACCUUGCCCUGGCCAUUGCUCUGCACAAUAUCCCAGAGGGCGUUGCUGUUGCCCUUCCUGUCUAUUUUGCGACACAGAGCAAAUGGGAGGCAUUCAAAUUGGCAUCACUUUCUGGCUUUGCUGAGCCACUGGGCGUUGUAAUUGUAGCCUGUUUAUUCCCUACUAGCCUAAAUCCUGAGAUUCUUGAAGGUAUCCUUGGAUCAGUUGGUGGAGUUAUGGCUUUUCUAACCCUUCAUGAGAUGCUGCCACUUGCUUUUGAGUAUGCGGGACAAAAACAAUCUGUUAAGGCCGUCUUUUGUGGAAUGGCUUUCAUGUCUGCAAGCUUGUAUUUUCUACGUAUCAGCUUACCAGAGGACAUGUAGAUGGGAACUAUCUCUUGCGUUUCUGAAUGAGAUGCGUAAAACAUGAAACUUGCAAAUUUGCAAUUACAUUAAUGUACAAUAGUCAAUAGAGGAUAACAGUAAAACAUGAAGGUUGGAUUCAUUUCACCUGUGUAACUAGGGUUUCCCCCUGUAUAAGUAUGUACAAACAAAAGGAACUUACAGUUAAAUGUUGUUAUGUUAUCUAUAAAUUUCACAAUUUGUGUACGUUUUUACUU